AUGACAAUGGACACCGAUACACCAGCUACUCUCAUGUCGCAGAUGGAUCUGCAGAGACUAGUAUUGACCAUGCAACAGGACAUCUCUGCCCACAACAGUGCUUUGCAAGAGCUAAAUGCCUUGAAAACCACUAUUUUGAAUCUCCAAAAACAAAAUGAAUCCCUGACCCAAGAGAAUGAGCGUCUGCGUCAGCAACUCAACUCUCAACAAGGUUCCACAACCACUCAAGCGCAACCCAAAUCAGGUAUUCAACAGCAACCCAAACCUCAUUCUUCAGCUACUCAAUCCACGCAACAAGCACCCAAUGCCACCAAAAAGACUCCCAACAACUCUUGGACCGAAGUAAUCAAACGUUCCAAAAAGGUUCGCAACCCUGCCGAUGUAACUGACAAACAUCGCCAAGCUAUUACUCGUGGUUUUAACUUGGCUCCUGAAGGGCCCAAAGGCUACACAACGGUGUACUUUAACCGCUCUCGCCGCUUCACUCGCACUGAAGUCCGCAACAACUUGCAUCUGAUCAAAGCUGAUGCUUCUCGUAUCAUUGAUGACAACCUCGUCUCCAUUCUCACCAAGAACAACAUCAAUGUUGUGGAAGGCUUUGAUCCUACUGAUCCCAAACACCUCGCUGACCCCAAGUUUAAAGAGAUGUCCCUCUCUAAGCGUGAGGAUGCUGCCUUUGACCUGCAAAUCAAUCGUUGUGCCAAGUCUCUUGUCUACCUUGCCAAUCGUCGUUCUCGUCUUUUUUGCUUCUGUUGCUAA